GAUGGAGGUUUAGACAGAUAGAUCUCAAAGAUAGGACUCAGAGGGCACAGGCUUGAUUUUUCUUUACAGUGUUAUAUUAUUUCAGUACAGUUUUAGAUUACAUUUUUAAUUUUUUUUUCUUUCAUAAACCUGCCUAAGCAGUAUAUUGACCCCAGAGGUCCGAAGGGUGUGAUGAAGAAGGGUCGCAGACUUGGUACCACUGGCACUGGACCAGGGACCGGUGAUGACAGUUCUGGGGACUGUAAACGAUGGAUGGUCACUCUGAGUCUCUGCGCCUCCUUUUUUGGACUGGGAAUGGGCAUCUCUGUGCUGGGGCCCACUCUCGGAGACCUGGCCACCAACGUGGGGCAGAAUAUCAGCAACAUCUCCUACAUCUUCGUGGGACGCUCCGGAGGCUAUAUGCUAGGCUCCAUGUUGGCGGGGAUCCUCUUUGACAUCAUUAACCACCAGCUCCUGCUGGGGUUUUCCAUGGCACUCACAGCCUUCGGCAUGUCGACGGUCCCCUUCUGUAAGACGGCCCCGCUGCUCACCGUCUUGAUGUCCACCGUGGGGGUUUCUAUGGGGGUUUUAGACACAGGUGGGAAUGUCGUCAUCCUGAACACCUGGGAAGCCCGUUCUGGACCUCAUCUGCAGGCGCUGCACUUCAGCUUCGCCGCGGGGGCCUUCGUCGCGCCCAUCGUGGCUAAGCUGCUGUUCGGAAAUGACGAGCGGCCGGGCCAGACGGACGUCCUGGGGAACUGGGACAGCUGGAGCGGCACCCCGUCCCCUGCGAAGCCGGCCCCGGCUUUCACAGCACAGGCGCUCGAAGCCUCUGCCUCCAUGCCGGAGUCCAUGUGGGCUUACUUUGUGAUCGGCGCCUUCUGCUUGCUGGUCUCACUCCUCUUCUUCAUCCAGUUUUACCAGAACAAGCUGUCACGCGGCGUGGUGCGGACCACCCCAGAGAAGCCACUGGUGGCCAGGCAUCACAAUGCUCUUAUCCUCCUCCUGUUCUUCUUCUUCUUCUGGUACGUGGGAGCCGAGGUGGUCUACGGCUCCUUCAUAUUCACCUUCGCAAAGGACCACGCCGGUAUGACGGAGCCGCAGGCGGCCGGGCUCAACUCGCUCUUCUGGGGCUCCUUUGCCGCCACGCGGGGGCUGGCCGUCUUCGUGUCGGCCUGCAUGGGGCCCGCCUGCAUGAUCCUGCUGAGCCUGCUGGGUUGUGCCCUGUCCUCCCUGCUGCUCAGCAUCUUCACCCGAAGCAGCGUCACGCUGUGGUCCUGCACCGCCGUCUACGGUGCCUCCAUGGCCACCACCUUCCCCAGCGGCAUCUCCUGGGUGGAGCAGUACACCCGAGUGACUGGCCGCUCUGCCGCCAUCUUUGUGGUGGGAGCGGCGCUGGGUGAGAUGGUGCUGCCAGCGGUCGUCGGGCUUCUCCUGGGGAAAGCUCAGGACGUGCCUGUACUGAUGUACCUCUGCCUGGGGGCAGCCAUAAUCACCUCCAUCAUCUUCCUCAUCAUGUACAAACUGGCUACUUCGCCCAGCGGGUCUGGCAGGAAGAACCAGAAAGUGGAUGACAGUGAACACAUCAAGGCCCUGAAGGACACAGGGAUCAAUAAAGAUAAAGAGGAAGAAGAGGAAAGAGAGGAGGAAGAGGAGGGGGAGGAUGAGACACUAUGACUCCGCAACAUGAAAGUAAACUCUGAUAUUUUUCGCAGCUGCUGUUGUGACCUCGAAGGACACCCCAGCUUCAGUGAGAGCUUCUAUAUCUGAGGAGACUCACCCAGGGAGGGAACCACCCGCUGAUUCACAGCAAGAGAGUCUGGCUGUCUGUCGUUACGCAAGUAUUUUUUUUUCCUGAACUUUAAAUCAUGUUCAAAGGCACAAUUACUUUGUGCCCAAAAGGACUCAAGCUGGUGCACAUGAAACUUCCCAAAGAAAAUAUAGUUUAUCCUGACCUAUAAUCUGAAUAGUGUAACCGGAACUGUGCAAACACCAGCAGGGGACUUACGCUUUUUCAGCUGCUUUGCUUCUUAAACAUAUUAUUUUCGAUACAGUAAAGUUUCAAUAUUCUCCUAUUAGGCCAACUACCCCAAAAUCAGGAAGUAGAUCAGGCAAUGUAAGGCUUGUAAGCUGCAUUUUAGGGGUGAUGGUGAGUCUGCCGUAUAGCCUUGAACUUCUUCAAAGACGCCUGACUCCUGGGCGUCACGCCAUCUCAGAGCUGUGGAGGAGCCUCUUCCUGGCACUGUGGUGUCCGUGGACGUGAUCCCUAGCAGCAGAGAAGAGCGGCCAGCUCUCUGACCAUAACAGUGGGGCAGCAGAACAGCAGGUCAGACAGAGGAGGACACCAUCGUGGGAAGCAGUUCACCAUUUGGAUGUUGUGCAGCCUUCUGGAGCACUUCAAGUGAAAGCAGUGAAGUUCUAAGAAGGGUGAUGGACGUAUCUCAUUUAUUCAAUAACUGUUUGACAACCACACAGCCCUGUCAAUUUAACAUUUUUUUUUUCCAGUUUUCAUUCAUGGCCAUUUUUGAUGCAUUUCUUUGAACUUCCCUGCCACUGUCUGGAGUGCAUUUCCAUUCCCAUCUUUUGUGUGACAGACCCUUAUAUUCUGUAAAGGUUUUGGCCCGACUGCAUACCAGGAUCCAUUAGGGAGAAAUGCCACUUCCCAAUCGACCCUUCUGACAGAAAAUGUUAUAAAAGCUAAAUAUUGCAAAAGCUUCCCAUUCCAGGUUCCUCACCGAAAUAGAAAUAACAAAUAAAUACUUCUUUUGUCAAGCCCGGUUUGACCUGGAAAUUGGGCUUAAAUUCCUUUUUAUACAGAGAUUAAAAAGAAGAGCAUGUGCACUGAUACUGCCGCCUUUUUCAUGGGUAACAGAUACUAUAUGUUAAUGAGAAGACAAACCUAGCCGGCUACAAAGGAGAAGUAGAAUAUAAUUCUGCAUGAGCUUCUCUGGGAACACAACGGGAGCUAGCAGACGCUUCCUGGAAACGUGAAACUCCACCAUAAGGUAGGAGACUAUCUGGCAGGAACACGGGAUUCAGAAAGACCAACAACAAAACAAAAAUUAUUGGCCAUCAGCCCCCUCCCGCCCACUGGCUACAGUGCAAAUUAGGGCAAGGACGACUUUGGAAAGUCAGACAUGCCCAUCCUGCAGCUGGAUAAAUAUUCACCAAACACCCGAAACCCUGAAUGUAGUCAGUCCCCAGGAAGGCCAGCUGCAUCUGGAACCUCCACACCUCCAAAACAAAACAGUCUUAACUCAUGUGCAACUCGAAUUUAGAUAAAUCCUCCAGACUCAUGGCAGGGGGGGGUAAAGUCUUUCAUCUUCUGGGAAGGUCUGAACUGGAGCAUCUAAGCCGUUAAACAUGAAGGGCUGAGAUACAAAAGCAGAGCCAAGGGCCCAGGAUUUAAAGACUGGAUUGGACCAAAGGAACAUAAGUGAAAACCUGCCUCAUGGAACCCAGACACAUCUGACCAGUAUAUCUAUUUCAUGGGGUGGGGAUUCUCUAAGUGUAGCCUGGAAGGUGACUUGGUGAAGAUAUUAGGAGCUGCUUGCAGGUCCCAGCUCAGGACAUGCGUGUUCUUUGGAGAUCUAGGUUUGAAACAGGCACACAUUUACAAUUUGUGUGGUUAGCGACACACUGUGGGUCCGCUGGGGGCGUCGAGACGACGUCGCCAUGAUGUUUUUGAGUAAGACAGCCCUGUUGCUGAGGAGCACCCCGAGGUCUCAUUCAUCCAAUCAGAACAGGUCCUGGUGAGCUUUGUAGGAUGUAAACCUAAGAUGGCCCUGGGGAGGGAUAUAAUCAGGAUGAAGGCAGAAGCUCUACAGAGCAUGAAACAUUAUAUCUUUCCCUAGGAGAAUUAUGUGUCUUUUAUAGGAGAGCAUGCAGUAAUGCUGGAAAAAUCUCCCUACUAACACGGUGCCACAACCCCAUCCAAUAAGCAUCUGUGGUUACUGUCUGCUGGAGAAAACCUCUCUCAUGGAUGUCCUUCUGAGUGUAGGACCAGCUAGGAGGCUUAGAAAGGUUGAGCAGAGCAUCUCGGACCACGGAUGUGCUGAGUGACACACUGUGCGGGCUGGGAUAACAAAACCAAAAUUCGGAUGUUUGAGAACUCUAGCGUGACUUAGAGCUGGUCACACAUACGCGACAUUGAGGACUUCCACUCCCUCUUCAAGAUGUCAGAAAGAGCUUCAAAUAAAUCCCUGUACCAGCACUUUUAGAAACACAGGUUUACUUAUCUUUAAAGUAAAUGUCAACUAGGCUAUCAGGCUAGCCAUUGAUGUGGAAAAAGUACUACUCAGUGGAAUUACAGUAAUUGGGAUUAUAAAUAUACUAAUUUUAUUCCAAAUAAACAUUAAUAAAAGUAUUCUGACAGUUAAUAAAACUCAAAUGAACCGAUGAAAGCUACACAUUAGUUGGUCUUUGUUCUAUCAUUUAAAUAAAAGAAUAUCAAUCUGUGUUACUUUAAGACCAGCCACUGGAUGGUGCUAAACUUGCCAUAAUCAGACUUCGUGUUAGUGGUCACACGAGUUGCAUUUUGUACCUACCUAUCGAAUAUCCAAAGAUCCCCUUUAUCACGCACCUUUUCCCACUUGGAAGCAAUGUGGCUUUUUUGUCGUGUAUUUUUAACAUGGAAAAUGUUUCAGUAAAAAUAACAAUGAUGUCACUACCAAAUAGAAAUGCAUUUGCUGUAAUGAAAAAAGUCCAUUUAAAAUACACGUCGACAC